AUGAGCGUUAACACCGAAGCAGCGAGAAAAGCUGUACCUGGCCUUGAAGAAGCGUAUGCAGUUCACCAACUCUCUGAGAAGAACAAUACUCGAACCCUCACACAGAAGUUCAACUCGGAUCUCACACAGACCACUUCGGCCAUGAAAGAAGUCACGAUUUCAGGCGCAGCCGUUGCGACGAGGUCGGCCAAAGUCGUUGGCCACACUCUCGUUAGCCGCACGAAACUGGCCAAGGCGUCCAAGAAAAUGUUGGUCCAUACCGGUGCCCUAGGCGUCAAGACAGGUCGGGCUGUCAAAGGUGUCAUGAAUGAGAUGGUUGACGCAGCAGACAAGAAGGGCAAAUACCAGCCGAAGGUGAGGCCGUUUGUUCCUUACGAUGGUCAUCCACAGGCACAAGUCCUUGGGCAGGUCCACGCCUACGAAUAUCAACAACAGCAGCAGGCCGACAUAGCACAACCCCCAGCCGCUCAGCCACUACCAAAUCCCAUGCCAGCAGCUGCUCCAGUGCCUAGUAAGAUCCCGGCUCGAAAACCCGUGCGGCCGCUAUCAGUUUCUCUCAAUCCUUCUUUUUCAAACCAGACAAGCAUCAAUGUCCAAGCAUCAAUCAAUCCUAGCGUUUCAAUGCCAUCAACGACAUCCGCAGGAAUGCCGACAGUUGCUCCUGCGCCUGGCCAAGUAAGCCAGUCCACGAACAGUGCAGUCACGGAAGAGAAUGAUGGAGCGAUUAAUGCUCCGCCUGUUGCCACACAAUCGUUCCAACCACAUCAAACAUCUCACUCGACGGCCUCAACUCAAGGAGCCCAAGCUACCCAAGAGGAGACAUCGAUACACAGCGCCGUCCCAGUCCAACAACAACCUCCCCAGACCGCUCCUGCUCCACCUACCACGGCCGCAGGCCUGCCGGGCUUGACUGGUGUGCAACCCGGUGCAGCAAUCCAGCCAAGUACCGCGGCACCUCAACAACAAUCCAACCCGAUGAUCUCCGUCCAGGCACAAGGGCCGCUGACUAUCGAUGCAUCCAUCAGCCCACCCUCCUACGCACAAGCCACAGGUCAGCCUGCGAGCACUUCAGGAGCAGGAACAGCACGUCCGCCUAGAAGACCUCUCCCUCAAUCAGCGAUCACCCGCCCACAGCGUCCCGUUGCUGAAAGGCCAUCAGGCAAUCCAGGAACAACCGUGAACCAGCCUAGCGCGGCCCAAUAUGCCACAUGUCAGCUGGGGCAAACGAUUUACCAGUACCAGAACCAGCAAGUCACAUACGCUGAUCAAGGGAUGUAUGCUUCAAUUCAGCCAAUGAUACUGGCAAGCAAUCCUCAGCCCGUUGUUAUCGAGCAGAACCAAACCAUAAUACAACAGACCCCAGCCGAACAAGAUCCCAUGUUCGCCGCAAUGCAGAUGCAAAUGACCCAACAAAGCGCCACUGAUCAGCUACUACUCUUGCAGCAAAACGCCGACACCCAGAACAUGAUGCUUGCGCAGGCACAGAUGGCCUCGGCGCAGCAGCAGCAGCCUGUCUAUGUGGAAGAGACAUUUUACGUCGAUCAGAGCCAAAACGUGGAGGUCUGUAACGUUGAGGAAGACAAUAUGACUGCGUACACUGCGUACACUGACUACACUGACUACGGUGGCACCGCCGAAGUUGUCUCAUACACUGACGCAAUGUACGGGGAGGGGGAGGCCUACGCUACAGGCACGGCGGGUGAUGAAGUCGUAUAUAUUGAGGAAGAUGCCACUGCUGUUGCUGGAGGAUCCUAUGCGGUGGACUAUCAGGCAGAAGCGAUGGGCACUGGCGAGAUGUACGAGGCGGACGUCGGGGUAGACGAAGGUCAGACUGAACUAUGCGUCUGA